AUGGCAAUGACGCGUUUUUGGUGCGUAAUUUUGUGGAUCAGCGUGAUUUCUGAGCUGUUGCUAUGCAGAAACGUUUGUGCGAGUCUUUGCCAUCGUGAGGAACGUUUUCGUAAACUUGAAGGUAUGAAAUACACCGAUCGAUAACACGUAAAAAUACACGAGUUGUAACAAACUUGCAGCAGACUUGUAGCAAUGUUGUUCCAACAACUUGUCAACAGGAUGUGUUCGCACUGCUUGUUCCCAGCUUGUUGACAAGCUGUCAGCAGUUUGUCUACAACUUGCUACAGAGGUUGUUGAGCUCAACAGACUUGCUACAAGUUGUUCCAAAAACUUGUAGCAACUUGAUAAGAAGACAGCAUUGUUACAACUUGUUAACAAUAUUGCUACAAGCCUGUUGUGAACACAUCUUGUUGACAAGUUGUGAGAUUUUUACGAAAACAUUUUCCCGAUCCAUGCUGGCGUUAUCGUUUUUUAUAUUAUUGUAUUAAUAUAAAAACUUUAAUACUGUUGAUAGUCAUAGAUUGUUAAUCUUGUGAGAUUGUGAUGUAUCUGUGUAUGUUGGUAUUUGUGACGCAUCCGUGACAGUCAGCCUAGACCUAGGCUUUCUAUUUUUAUUUCAUAUUUUUAAUCUUCAGCGAUUUUUCACAUGAAAAGACUGGGACUAGGUGAUUUGGGGGCGGGGCGGAGGAAGGACACAAGCCUAGGCUUGCUUCCUCCGCCCCGCCCCCAAAUCACCUAGUCCCAGUCUUUUCCUGUGAAAAAGCGCUGAAUAUUAAAAAUAUAUAAAUAAGACUAGAAGGCCUAGGUCUAGGCUGCGUGACAGUAUAUCCUACGUAUUUAAAGUAUGUUAACUGCAUGAGUAUCGUAAUCACGUGAUGUAAUAUAUUUCUAGAACUUAGGAGGACCAGAUUGGAAACAAGCAGUACCAACUAUAGCUUUAUCUGUAAAUCCUCGUCAAAUAAAAUGUUAUUAUUAUUAUCAACAUUUCAAUUUCUUGAUUACAUUCUUUAGGCCCAUUCCCAUCAGAUACUCCGAUUAAAGUUACAACAAAAAGUACAUUAACCUUCUGUUCCAUUGAAUGCCUUGAAGUCCCUGGAUGCAAAUCUAUCGCGUUUCUGACCACGACCGGUACGGACAAUUGUCAUCUUGGGCCCAAUGAAGAUGGCUUGGCUACACCUACAGAAGCUGAAGUUUACAAGUUGAGAAACUUUCCCAAAACAAUCCGGGUCAGUAUAAAGAUCGUUUUCAAUUCAAUCUACUGUCAGUAUAACCCGAUCCAAUUCAAUUCAAUUAUGCUUUAUUUAAACAAAGUAAAAUGGAGUCCCAUGAAGGUAUAAAUUAAAUAAAACAUUCAACGUUAUUUUCAUUCCAGGGUUGUGCUUCAUCCCCUUGCAAAAAUGGGGGUACAUGUGAGGAUCUGUGUGAACAAGCUCCUUACUAUCUGUGUCGAUGCCCUGCGGACAAACAGGGUUAUGACUGUAAAUGGGACAUCAGUAAGUGUUGCCAGAUAUAGCUUUCAUGUUACGAUUUCUUUCAUUCUUCUCUCUCUUUGGUUUCUCCAUGAAAGAAAGAGCCAGCAACAAAACCAUGUUCACAAGCUGACUCCUUCCCAGCUCUCUCUGUGAGCACGCGCGGGCGACGCUUUCCAAUUCGCCACGCGUCGCCCGCGCAUGCUCACGCGAGACGACUGCGGAGGAGUCAGGUUCACGAGAAUAUAAAUUGUUUGGGCAGUUUGGAAAAAGUCGCAAUGAAAAACAAAAAAAAUUGCAGCCAAUUACAAUCAAGCAAUUACUUUAUUAAAAACAUUUUACUAAAUAAAAUACCUCGAGUUUUCUGCCAGUGUACAGUACAGUUCUAAAACCAUUUACUUCACUUGAAAAUAUGUAAACAAAAACGUAACAAAGUCAAAAGCGUUUAAAUGUUUCACGCUACGUUGCAACACGAAUUAAUUGCGGCUGAGAAAAGCUGUCAAAAUAUUAAACAAAACUACAGAAGAGUACAAUCAGUAGAGCAUGUUUGCAGUUAAUGGCUACAAGAUUACUGUAUAUAUUAUAAAACAAUUGAACCAUUCUCUCUCGUCGCUGUCAACUAUAGAGAACGACAUUGUCGCAUUGACGGCUCAGCUAUUAAUACUAUAGAACAGAGGUUGUUCCGAAUAAAGUGUACAUAAUAAUAACUUGCAAAUUACAAAAACUGUAUAUUUCGAAUGAAAUCUGAUUCAUCUUCAGCAGUGUUUUGCAAGAUAUGCAAAAUAUCUUGAUAUCUUGCAAAACAAUGCUGAAGUUGAAUCAGAUUUGAAUUGCUUGCAAAUUGCAAUGCGUUUCCCAAGUUGUCAACAAAUAUGGAACAAGCUUGUUAAUAACUUGUAACGAUCUUGUUCAUAUUAUCAGGCUUGUUGCAAGGAUAUUUCAACAAAUCCUAUAGUGGAGUCAUGAUAUAACAAUAUUGUUAAAAUCUUGUAUCAUCAACCUUGUAACAUUGUUGUUGUAUCAUGACUGUAUCAAUCGACACAACAACUAUGAAUUAUUAAAGUCUAUAAUUGGGUGUCUUUAGGUCUUUCAAAUGUGGACUGGAAGCUUGCAUUUGAUGACGCAGGAACUCAUACAUGUACUGGGAACACAUUCCUGGCGGGUUUUAAAAGGAGUGAUGGUGACCAGCUUAAUAAUAUUGAAGAAGCAGUAUGUGGCGCACUUCAGUUUGAAUACAGUGAGUCGUCCAUCACUUGUACCAAUGCAGAUUGGUGGAACACAUUCGCGAAGUAAGUUCAUCUCUUGUGUAUCUUUUAAAAUUGAACAAACAACAAUCACCUAAGAUUCAAUUAUUCAUUCGUAGGAUUCAAAAGUAUAAUUCAGUGAUCCACUGAUUAAAUCUUAUGUUCAAGGAUUGCAUCGUAGAAUUCCAUUCAAUUUUAGAUUCUACGAUUUAGUCUUUGCACUUAAUGAUUGCAAUAUUAAGAUCCAAUAAAUUAAUCCUAUAAUCCAAUGAUUCAUUAUUAAGAUUUAAGAAUUCAUUCUUCUUACGAUUCAAUAAUUAUAAUCUUAGGAUUUUAUAUUUAAGAUUUAAUUUUAUGAUUCAAUUAUUAAUUGCUAUGAUUUAAUGAGUCAAUCUAAAGAUUCAAUCUUACAGUUUAAUCAUUAAAUCUUAACAUUCAAUGGUAACGUUUUCAAUGAUUUAUUCUUGUUUGUAUGCCGAAAACAAAAGUUUGUUGAAAUAUUUUAGACAUUCUUGGAGCCUCUGUCCAAAUGGCUACCUUUUGCGAGGUUUUAUGCGGCAAAGCGGCUCACAAGAUCUCGGUUAUAUCGAAGAAGGAGUAUGUUGUAAGCCACCUGGAUCCCCUGUUAACUGGGCCAACUGUUACCACGAAGACAUAUCGGUGAGUUUUGAUGAACCGUGGGCCACAGCAAGCUGUCAACAGCCAUUGCAUUUCAUCCAAGCAAUAAAAACAUCAGAAGGCGAGAGACUCAUAAAUAUAGAAGAACUAUAUUGCUGCAAGAUGGCGUCUAUGAAUUAA